AUGAGCAUCAUGACCCAUCCGCAGCAGCCCGACGCGUUCGCCGCGUACGGCUCCUACAAUGGUGGCAUGGGCAACCGAUCACCAAACUCUACGAGGAACGGGUACUCUACUCUGCCUUCGGGCAUGGGCGCGAACCGCCAGCCAAGCCAGAGGCAGCAGCAGCAACAGCAGCAGCAACAGAUGGAUGCCGCCGGCCAGCAGGGAACCUCAAUGUACCCCAUGAUGGACCGGUACGGCAUCCUCGACAGCAUCACACGUGGCCCCCCAACAGUCUCUGGCAUGCCCGGGGAGUAUAUGGCUGGUAACCAGUCCGCCUGGAACUACAACGGCGGCGGCUCCUCGGCUACUGUCAACGGCCCCAUACCUGAUGUCAGAUCUCGGUCGGUCAACAGGAGGCCAGGCAUUCCAGAUUACUGGAUGCAGCAACCUGACCCAACAAGUCACCCCGGCAUCGGUCUUCAGGCUCCUAACCAACCCGUCUACACCCCCCAGGGCGUUCCCUACGGCCAGGUGAUGAGCGGCAUGGACCAGCUCCGAUCCCAGCCACACAUGUUCUCCGAGGGCCGCCAAUCGCAUCACGACAAGAAGGACGACUUGAUACCCACCGCCAUCGUCAUCAAGAAUAUCCCUUUCAACGUGCGCAAGGAAGUCCUGCAGGCCAUCAUGAUGGAGAUGAACCUGCCACAGCCUUACGCCUUCAACUACCACUUCGAUAAUGGCGUGUUCCGCGGUCUCGCCUUUGCCAACUUCUCCAGCGCCGACGAGACGAGACAGGUCAUCGACAGGAUGAACCAGCUGGAUGUUCAAGGGCGUAAAUUGCGGGUUGAGUACAAGAAGAUGCUGCCAGAGCACGAGCGGGAGCGUAUUGAGCGAGAGAAGCGCCAGAAGCGCGGCCAGCUAGAGGAGCAACACCGCCCGAUGCCCACUCUGCAGCACCAGGCCUCACUCCAGUCCUUGCAUAGCCGGGAGAACGACGCCGCUCCCUCGCGGUCGUCGCCAAGCCGCGACUACGACUUGAAUGACCCCGCGACCUUGAACAACUACAUCAAGAUGCGAUCCUACAGGGAGGAUGCGAAUAACACGGACUACCUCGUCUUCGAUGCAUCUACCGCUCCCGAGGAGCGCCGCGUCAUUCACAUUCUGGCUCAUAACAUGGGACUACAUCACGGCUCCUACGGCACCGGUGACAGCCGAUGUGCUGUCGUCUGGAAGGAGAACAUGGGGCCUCCCGAUUUGGCCGUCAAUUCAAGUCACACCCCAGUGUCCGCGGUGGACCAGCUCCAAUAUCCAGCCAAUAGCAAGAGCUUAGCGCGUGCUGCUACAAUUGAUUUUGGCGAGCAGCGGACGUCAAGCACCAAUGGCUACGGCACUAUUGGCCGGCAUGGCAACCCGGCGCUGGAGGUUCCCGACAGCAGCCCUGAUGGUCUGAACAACAUUGCGAAUCUGCGGACCAUUCGGAGCAUGGCCGAGCUUGGAAGGCCCGGGCAGAAUCUGCAGGCAAGGACCCCGAGUCCGCGGGAGUCGGGCUACCCAACCUCUUCCCUUCGCCUGAACGAGCAUGGUCUGUCUUCACGACCAGAUCUUUCAAGCGCAUUUGGAGGGCUUGCUGCUACACCGACUACUCCUGGAGGCAGCCUGAACCACCGCGCGUCCGACCUGAGCCUCUCAGGCGUGACCAACAACUUGAGCUCUCUGAGCGUGGCAGAAGGCCCAUAUGAGGCGACCCGGCUACGGGAGAACCCUGGUGCUAUUGGCAGCCAGCGGCCCGGAGUGAACGGGCUCAGUUCUCGUAACGCGCCCGAGCGCCAGCCCCGUGGGCCAGAGACCGGUUGGGAAAAUGUAGGCUUCAACGGCCGUCGGGUGAAUGGGCAUGCGCAGCGUGGCAGCGACUCGUCCGAAAACUUCCACGGCAGCGGCGCAAGCAGCAGCCUCUACUCCCACUAG